AUGUCUAAGAGGGAUUUCUUUGUCGAAUCGCAUAUAUCCAGCAAGGAACUGAACAACCAAUCGGUGUCUCUCGUUAUACCGAGAUUAACAAGAGAUAAGAUCCACAAUGUAUUAUAUUACAAAGUGAACUUAACGAGCACAUCGCUUCGAGGAAACACGAUGCUUCAAUUAAGCAAAAUUAUUAUAAGAGACUUGGGUCAAUUGAAAGAUAGUAACUCAUUAAAGAAUUAUUUAGUUGGUGGUGUAGAAUUUAAGUGUUUGUUAAUGAAAUUGAUCGAAAUUCGCCCCACAUUUGAUCAAAUAACGAUGUUGCUAGAGAAGAAAAAAUCUCCUGAUGACACGUUCGAGAAUAAAUAUAUUGUUGCUCUAAUAUUGACGUAUUUGAGGAUCCAGUAUUAUUAUUUAAAAUUGCACGAUGCAUCCCAUUUGAUUAACCUUUUCCGAGAGUAUAUCAAUGAUUAUAGGAAACUGAAGGGGAUUGAUAUGGAUAUGGAUUGUUGGUCAAUGUCUCAACAACUCAAAGUGGAGAUAAUACAUAUAGAUGAGUUAGUGGAUCGACUAGCCACGAAUAACAAUAUAUGGGGUAUUCCAUUAGGGAAGUGCCAAUGGUCUAAUAUAUUUGAGCUGGAUGAUGAAAGUGAUAGUGGUAGUGAUAGUAGUAGUGGUGAUAGCGAUAGUGACUGA